UUUAGGGUUUUGUGUCAUGGAGGAAGAAUCUUCUUCAUCAGAAAUGCUAGAAGGAGAGAUUGUUGGAAUCACAUUUGGUCUUGCAAGUAACCAUGAGAUUUGUGUAGCAUCGAUUAGUGAAUCUUCAAUCAAUCAUGCCAGUCAACUCUCUAACCCCUUCUUGGGGUUGCCUCUGGAGUUUGGCAGGUGUGAAUCGUGCGGUGCGACAGAGCCAGAUAAAUGUGAAGGUCAUUUUGGUUAUAUUCAGCUUCCAGUGCCAAUAUACCAUCCUGCUCAUGUUAAUGAACUGAAACAAAUGCUGAGCCUUCUGUGCUUGAAAUGUCUGAAGAUAAAGAAGGCAAAGAGCACAAGUGGUGGUCUGGCGGAGCGCUUAUUAGGUGUCUGUUGUGAGGAAGCUUCAAACAUAUCAAUCAGAGAUAGAUCAUCGGAUGGGGCCUCAUAUCUAGAACUGAAGCUCCCAUCUAGGUCAAGACUGCAGGCGGGUUGCUGGAAUUUCCUGGAAAGAUAUGGUUACCGCUAUGGAAGCAACUAUACGCGGCCCCUGCUGGCAAGAGAGGUAAAGGAAAUUCUAAGACGGAUCCCUGAAGAAACAAAAAAGAAACUCACAGCAAAGGGACAUAUUCCUCAAGAAGGAUACAUAAUAGAAUAUCUUCCAGUCCCGCCUAACUGUUUGUCAGUGCCAGAUGUUUCUGAUGGUUUCAGCUCCAUGUCAGUGGAUCCUUCCAGAAUUGAGCUAAAAGACGUUCUUAAGAAAGUGAUAGCCAUAACAAGCUCUAGGUCUGGCGAGACAAACUUUGAGUCGCAUCACGCUGAAGCCAAUGGAAUGUUUAGAGUGGUGGAUACCUAUCUGCAGGUUAGGGGUACUGCCAAAGCAACAAGAAACAUUGACAUGAGAUACGGGGUGUCUAAGAUCUCGGAUAGUUCAUCUUCAAAAGCUUGGACAGAAAAAAUGAGAACACUUUUCAUCCGAAAGGGUUCAGGUUUCUCUUCCCGUAGCGUCAUCACUGGAGAUGCGUACAGAGAUGUAAAUGAGGUAGGCAUCCCAAUUGAAAUUGCGCAGAGAAUCACUUUUGAGGAAAGGGUUAGUGUCCACAACAUAACUUAUCUACAAGAGUUAGUAGACAACAAGUUGUGUUUGAGUUAUACUCAAGGUUCUACGACCUAUUCUUUAAGGGAUGGAUCCAAGUCGCACACUGUGCUUAAACCUGGGCAGGUUGUUCAUCGCAGGGUCAUGGAUGGGGAUGUUGUGUUUAUCAACCGACCCCCGACGACACAUAAGCAUUCUCUUCAAGCGCUUCGGGUGUAUGUUCAUGAAGAUAACACCGUGAAGAUUAACCCUCUGAUGUGUAGUCCCCUCAGUGCUGAUUUUGAUGGUGAUUGUGUCCAUCUGUUCUACCCACAGUCACUUAGUGCUAAGGCAGAGGUUAUGGAGCUCUUCUCUGUGGAGAAGCAACUGCUUAGCUCCCAUACUGGACAGCUGAUUUUGCAGAUGGGUUGUGAUUCUUUACUGUCUUUGAGGGUUAUGCUGGAGCGGGUGUUUCUGGACAAGGCAACUGCUCAACAGUUAGCUAUGUAUGGCUCUCUGUCUCUGCCACCACCAGCACUAAGGAAGUCCAGUAAAUCUGGCCCAGCUUGGACAGUUUUUCAGAUUCUACAGCUUGCCUUUCCAGAGCGUCUGACCUGCAAAGGUGACAGAUUCAUGGUUGAUGGAAGUGAUUUGCUGAGGUUUGAUUUCGGGGUUGAUGCGAUGGCAUCCAUCAUCAAUGGCAUUGUAACUUCAAUCUUUCUGGAGAAGGGUCCAAAGGAGGCACUUGGAUUCUUCGAUUCGCUACAACCUCUUUUGAUGGAAAGUCUUUUUGCUGAGGGGUUUAGUGUAAGUUUGGAAGACUUAUCCAUGUCUAGGGCAGACAUGGAUGUGAUUCACAACCUAAUAAUCCGGGAGAUUUCACCCAUGGUGUCUCGGUUGAGAUUAUCAUAUGAAGAUGAAUUGCAACUAGAGAACAGCAUCCACAAAGUGAAGGAAGUGGCUGCUAACUUUAUGCUGAAGUCAUAUUCCAUGCGGAACUUGAUCGACAUCAAGAGUAACUCAGCAAUCAACAAGCUGGUGCAGCAGACAGGCUUCUUGGGUCUUCAGCUUUCUGACAAGAAGAAAUUCUACACGAAGACUCUGGUAGAGGACAUGGCUCUCUUUUGUAAGAGACAGUACGGCAGGAUUUCUUCAUCUGGCGAUUUUGGAAUAGUGAAGGGCUGCUUCUUUCAUGGGCUGGAUCCGUAUGAAGAGAUGGCUCAUUCAAUUGCAGCAAGGGAGGUUAUUGUUCGCUCUUCAAGGGGGUUAGCUGAGCCUGGAACUCUCUUUAAGAAUCUGAUGGCUGUUCUUCGGGAUAUCGUAAUUACAAACGAUGGAACUGUAAGAAACACCUGUAGUAACUCAGUCGUCCAGUUCAAAUAUGGAGUUGAUUCUGAACAUGGACAUCAAGGUAUUUUUGAGGCGGGAGAACCUGUUGGAGUAUUGGCAGCUACUGCCAUGUCAAAUCCUGCGUAUAAGGCAGUGCUUGAUUCCACUCCAAAUAGUAAUUCAUCAUGGGAGCUAAUGAAGGAAGUUCUGCUCUGCAAAGUCAAUUUCCAAAACACUACUAAUGAUCGGCGCGUAAUCCUAUAUUUAAAUGAAUGCCAUUGUGGAAAAAGGUUUUGCCAGGAAAAUGCUGCUUACACAGUCAGGAACAAGCUGAAGAAAGUUAGUCUUAAAGAUACUGCAGUGGAAUUCCUCGUCGAAUACAGAAAGCAACAAACUAUAUCAGAAAUUUUUGGAAUUGAUUCAUGCCUACAUGGCCAUAUUCAUCUUAAUAAGACAUUGUUGCAAGAUUGGAACAUCAGUAUGCAGGAUAUCCUUCAAAAGUGUGAGGAUGUAAUUAAUUCACUAGGACAAAAGAAAAAGAAGAAAGCUACUGACGACUUCAAGAGAACAAGUUUGUCUGUCAGUGAGUGCUGCUCUUUCCGAGAUCCUUGUGGGAGCAAAGAUUCAGAUAUGCCUUGUUUGAUGUUCUCCUACAAUGCCACCGAUCCUGAUCUAGAAAGAAUUCUUGAUGUUCUUUGCAAUACAAUUUACCCGGUUCUGCUGGAUACAGUGAUCAAAGUCGGUUUCUUCUUUGAUGGGGGUGCAAUGUUUUGCCAGGAAAAUGCUGCUUACACAGUCAGGAACAAGCUGAAGAAAGUUAGUCUUAAAGAUACUGCAGUGGAAUUCCUCGUCGAAUACAGAAAGCAACAAACUAUAUCAGAAAUUUUUGGAAUUGAUUCAUGCCUACAUGGCCAUAUUCAUCUUAAUAAGACACCAAGAAGAUGUUUUGAGAAAGCGGCUGAGAAAUGUCAUAAAGAUUCUCUAUCAACAGUCGUUGGGUCUUGUUCUUGGGGGAAACGCGUGGAUGUUGGUACAGGUUCACAGUUUGAACUUCUAUGGAACCAAAAAGAGACUGGUCUAGAUGAUCAAGAAGAAACAGAUGUGUACGGCUUCCUCCAAAUGGUCAGAUCCACGACAAAUGUAGAUGCAUAUGUGUCUUCCCCUGGUUUUGAUGUUACAGAGGAAGAAAUGGCUGAAUGGGCUGAAUCGCCCGAGCGAGACUCUGCCCUUGGAGAGCCUAAAUUUGAGGACAGUGCCGAUUUCCAAACUAUAUAUGAAGAAGGCCAGCCAUCAGGAUCCAAUUGGGAGAAAAGUUCUUCGUGGGAUAAAGGUUGCAGUGGUGGCUCAGAAUGGGGACUCUCAAGAAAUACAGGUGGUGAGGCAGACCCGGAGUCUAAUUGGGAAAAGACUACAAAUGUUGAGAAGGAAGAUGCCUUGUCUGGUUGGAACACUAAAAAAGAUGCUCAAGAAUCUUCCAAGUCAGAAUCCAACUGGGAGAAAAGUUCUUCGUGGGAUAAUGGUUGCAGUGGUGGCCCAGAAUGGGGAGUCUCAAAAAACACAGGGGGUGAGGCAGACCCGGAGUCUAAUUGGGAAAAGACUACACAUGUUGAGAAGGAAGAUGCUUGGACUGGUUGGAACACUAAAAAAGAUGCUCAAGAAUCUUCGAAAUCAGAUUCAGGUGCUUGGGGCUUAAAGACAAAGGAUGAUGAUGCAAAUACAACACCAAACUGGGAAACAAGACCAGCUCAUACAGAUUCUAUUGUCCCAGAAAAUAGUGAGCCGUCUUCUGACGUUUGGGGACUCAAAUCUGUUUCAGACAAAUCUUGGGAGAAAAAGAACUGGGGAACUGAAUCAGCUCCUGCUGCAUGGGGUUCAACAGAUGCUGCUGUUUGGGGUUCUAGUAGCAAAAUGAACUCGGAAACUGAAUCAGAUGCUGCUGCUUGGGGUUCUAAGGACAAAAAGAAUUCUUACAUUGGGUCAGGUGCUGGUGUUUUGGGUCCCUGGAACAAAAAGAGCUUGGAAACUGAGUCAGAUAGUGCUACUUGGGGUUCUAGUGACAAAACUAAAUCAGGUGCUGCUGCAUGGAGUUCUAGGGACAGAAAAAACAUGGAAACUGACUCGGAACCUGAUGCUUGGGGUUCCCAGGUCAAAAAGAAAUCUGACACUGAGUCAGGUCCUGCUGCUUGGGGUGCUUGGGACACAAAGAAAUCGGAAACUGACUUAGGUCUUGCUGGUUGGGGUACCGGGGACAAAAAGAAUUCUGAAACUGAAUCAGGUCCUGCUGCUUGGGGUGCUUGGGACACAAAGAAAUCGGAAACUGAAUCAGGUCUUGCUGGUUGGGGUACCGGGGACAAAAAGAAUUCUGAAACUGAAUCAGGUCCUGCUGCUUGGGGUUCUUGGGGACAGCCAAGUCCCACUGCAGCAGACAAUGAUACCAAUGAAGAUGAUGGAAAUCCGUGGGUUUCCUUGAAGGAGACCAAAAGUAGAGAGAAUGAUGAUAAGGAGAGAAUUCAGUGGGGAAAUCCAGCCAAGAAAUUUCCAUCUAAUGGCUCACAUGGUAGCUGGUCCAAUGGUGGUGGUGCAGACUGGAAAGGAAAAAGGAACCAUACUCCUAGGCCACCUAGAUCUGAGGAUAAUUUGGCUCCCAUGUUUACAGCAACGAGACAGCGCUUGGACUCAUUCACCUCUGAGGAGCAAGAGCUUCUCUCAGAUGUUGAGCCAGUCAUGAGGACUCUCAGGAAAAUAAUGCAUCUGUCUGGGUACCCUGAUGGAGACCCAAUUUCUGAUGAUGACAAGACGUUUGUCCUGGAGAAGAUUUUGAACUUCCAUCCCGAAAAAGAGAAAAAGCUCGGCUCUGGUGUUGAUUUCAUCACGGUUGAUAAGCACACCACAUUCUCAGAUAGCAGGUGCUUCUUUGUUGUUUCAACUGAUGGGACCAAACAGGACUUUUCAUACAGAAAAUCCCUCAAUAACUAUUUGAUGACGACAUACCCCGACCGCGCUGAAGAAUUCAUUGACAAAUACUUUACUAAACCUCGGCCUAGCGGAAAUAGAGACAGGAACAACCAAGAUGCCACACCACCUGGGGAAGAACAGUCUCAGCCUCUGACUCAGUCUAUAGGUAAUGGAGGUGAAGACUUUCAGACUCAGUCUCAGUCUCAGUCUUCGUCUCAGAAUCAGACUCAGAGUCAGACUCAGACUCAGUCUCCCUCUCAGACUCAGGCUCAGGCUCAGUCUCCAUCUCAGACUCAGGCUCAGUCUCAGUCUUUGUCUCAGAAUCAGACUCAGACUCAGGCUCAAUCUCCAUCUCAGACUCAGGCUCAGUCUCCAUCUCAGACUCAGGCUCAGGCUCAGGUUCAGUCCCCGUCCCAGACUCAGACAUAAACUCUUUCUGAUUUGACAACAAAAGAAGGUAUGGUUCAUUUAGCUAAACCAUUCAGUCUCCACUGUUUUGUUUUGAGAUGUACAUAAAGAGUGGAGCGAAUGGCGGUUUCUAUUUAUCAUAAAAAAGAAUCUGUUGUGAAGUGCAAAACAAUGUGUAAAUGCAGUUCUCUAGUUGCAGAUCGUUUGUCCUAAAAUCAGGUUUAGGUUUCGGUGACUGGUUAAGUUUUAAAGUCUAGCGGCAUUGUAAUGAUGUUUGACAUUGACAUAUUUUAUUUAUCGAGCAAUGCAUUUGCAAAUCUCAUUUGCUUCUUGUUUGAA